UGUACGUACAUAUAUAUUGACAAAGCCUUGGUCGUCACUCUUGAUCAAUUUAAAUUCAAUGUUGAAAAGACAUUGCACGAGUGUGGAACUAUUACCCCACGAUGUGGCAGAGCUCAUCCUUGAGAGACUUCCCGUGGAAUCUCUACUUAGAUUCAAGUGUAUAUCCAAGAAUUGGAAAUCAACAAUCGAGUCCCGACGUUUCCAAGAAACACAACUGAUCCGUCGUAGGCAAUCACGAGGUCCAGAUGUUCUUUGUGUGUGUCUCAAAUAUACUGAUGAUUAUAGUGAUGAGGAAACAGAUGCUCAAAGAAUUGUGCUGGGGUCAUCAAUAGUUUCCACGGUCAGUUUUCCUACUUCGGGCAGCACGUUCUGCCAUGGUAGUUGUGACGGUCUAAUAUGCUUCUACUCACUAGUAGAACUGCGUGUCAGUGUCGUGGUGAACCCCGCCACCAGAUAUCAACGAAGUUUUCCACUUUCAAACUAUGAACAGCUCCUCAGGGAGAGAUUUUUCUGUCCAACUCCUGGGCUCGGAUUUGGUAAAGACAAAGUCAUGGGCACGUAUAAGCCGGUUUAUUUAUAUAAUUCAUCCGAAUUUGACCUAGACAACAUUACUACCUGUGAAGUUUUCGAUUUUAGAACCAAUGCUUGGAGGUACCUUGUUUCUGCUUCUCCUUAUCGGAUUCGUUCUUUCCAGAAGCCCGUGUAUUUUGAUGGGUCACUUUAUUGGUUAACCGCGUGUGAAGAAACCAAGAUAUUAUCUCUUGAUCUUCACACCGAAACUUUUCAAGUCAUCUGUAAAGCUCCCUUUGCUCAUGCACGUGGCCGUUUCGACGUCUUCAUCUCCAUCCUCGAUAACCGCUUGUGCGUAUCUAGGAGAAAAUAUACCACCCAAGUGAUAUGGUCGUUGGAUUCUUCAGGCGGCACCAAGACAUGGAAGAAAAUGUGUUCGCUAAAUCUCACCAAUACUUUGUCUUGGUUCGGGGAAUGCCACCUCUUACCAAUCGCAAUUCUGGACAAGAAUAAGUUAUUACUUCAUAGUCAUGUAUACUUGCAACCAGUGUAUAUAUCCUAUGUGUGGGUCUUGAACAUUUCGGUUAGCUCAGAUUACGCGUAUCAACUGGCACGUUUGGAGGCUGGGAAGAUAGGGGGAGUUAUACCAACAACCUCAAAUUCUUCACCGAAUCAACCUGAGGAAAUUCCAGAAGCAAGUGCUACACAAGCAAAUGAUAGUAUUCCACAAAAUGAAGAUCGUGUUCUAGUGAAGUGA